UGAGGAUAUUUACAAUAUGAAACGUGUCAAUAUUAGGAUACUGUCGAAUAAUUUACUUACAAACAGCUGCUGCCUGCUUGUCUGUUUUACACUGCAUAGGAUAGUACCUGUAGCUAUAGUAUUAUUAAAAUAAAGGUAAUUUGUGCCGUAUUAUAGAUACCUAUAAUCACUAAUCAAUGCGUCACCAGUUGUAUUUUUCAUCAGCGACAUAUGGUAUGAAGCAAAAAUUAUUUACUUAUCUACUAUAGUCUAUAAUCUUAUAGUAAUAACUUAUUAACAAUAUUGUACUUAUCUGCAUACAUUUUGGUUCACAAGUUCGCCAAGUUAACAUUUAUUAUUUAACACAUAUCUACGUAGGUAAAUUAGCAAUUGUACGAAGAUAGUACAAAGAUGUAUGAAGAUCUUGGAUAGCUGGUCUCGUUUAGACCGUUGUGCCAUAGUCCCAUGACCAACGCUUAAAGAUAUAUAGUUUGCUAUGCGACGCAAAUACUUUUUUAAUUUAAUUGAUGGACAAAAUUGUUUCUUUGUGACUUUCUAACAAAUCGACACAUUCAUUACCAAAAUCCUGGCCAUAGAAUACAGCGCCAUAAUUUCGAUGAGACUGUGGCUAAAUUCAAAUACUGUAUUAUAUUUAUUAUUAUUCUGUGGUAAUAUUUAUACACCAUACCUAGCAAAAGAAAUAAUAUUUUGAUAAAUUGCGGCUAUGAACGGCACGAAUUAAAAUUAUCUUAGUUCAUGAUUGCAGCUUAUAUUUUAUUGUGACCUCAGUUAUCUACGGCAGAUAACUGUGAUAGUGACAAAAUGACAUCGAACUUUCAAAAGUCUAUAUUUUUAUAAAAUGAUUUCAGAAAUUCAAAAUACUACAUAUUUUAAUCUCAUAUAUUAAGUAUGUAUUUAUUGUGCAUUUAUGUGUAAACUUUGAUUACUGAUUUACCUAUAACAAAAUUUCUACAUUAACACUUUAUCAUACAUUUAUUUUCCAUGAUAUUAUUAUCAGUUUCAUGGAACGACUCGACGUGUGUAAUCAGUAGAUAUUCGCCGGAUGACGUCGUAAUGGUUUUAUAAAUUAAUAAUUAUAAUAAUCUUUAAAUUUUUCGAUACUAAACGAAGUUAUUUGAUAUAAUUGUUGCGCUAAUAGUUUGGCGUCGAUUGUUCAGUAGUCUUCAAGAAAUUUCGUUUUUUUUAGUGUGCACUUACAAUUUAAAUUUUUGGUCUUUUUCUUACCAGUUAUCGUAUCCUGAUGUUACAUUCAGCAUAGCAUUUAUAGUAUAAUGAAUCAAAAGUACCGGAAGAUAUUUACUAAUAAAUUAUUUUUACUACUUUUUUCUUAUGUGAGUAUACCUACCUACAUUUCAUCAAAGUUGAAUUAUCUAUUAUAAUUUAAAUAAUUAAAUUAUUUUUUAUGUUUUGAAAUAAAGGUUUAUUUGUUCAGUAACUUAGCAAGUGGAAAUGCUGUUCAACUUAAUAGCCAAAAUAUUGACAUGACAUUGGGUAAUUUAAUUUAGAUAUUAUAGAUAAUUAUUUUCUUUAAAUCUUUAAGUACACUUAUAAUAUUUGUUUUCUUACAGUGAAAUUAUUUAUAUUUUUAAUUAUGGUGCAAAUGUAAUGAUUAGUACUAGGUAACUUUAAAAAUUAAAAAAAAAAAAAAAUUUAAUAUUAUAAUUUUAAUACAUAAUUUUUAUUAGUAGAUAAUUAAAUUUUUUUUAAAAUUUUUUUUAAUUUACUUUAUUUUUAGCAUCAAAUGAGUUGGUUAUAAUUAACUUUUAUGCUGAUUGGUGUCGGUUCAGUGGUAUUCUCGCACCAAUAUUUGAUGAAGCUGCUGGAAAAGUUUCUACACUUUAUCCAAAUCCGGGUAGAGUUGUGAUGGGAAAAGUCGACUGUGAUACUGAAAGUGAGUAAACAUUAUUUCGUAAUUAAUUAUAAUUAAUAUAUAUAUAUAUAUAUAUUUAUCUUAUAUAAAAAUUUUAAACUAUAUCAUAUAAAAUGUAACUAGUCAUUUUUGUACAUUUAUGUAGGUACCUAUUCAUAACUAGAAAUUGAAUUAAUACAACAUAUGCCAUUUUAAAUUGUAUAAGCACAAUAGUUUAUAAUAAUAAAGUACUUCAGUAUUUAAAAUACAUUUUAAAAUAAUUGUACACAUUAUUAUCAUCAGUGCCUUGUUGUUGUAAUCAAAACACUCUAUCACACUCUGCUUUCAUCAAGUGAAGUGAAAUAUAUUAAUUGAUAGAUGUCACUGAAGAAUUGUCUUGGUUUUUCGUCAGGUCGUUUCCCCAUAACUUCCCUCCAAUAUGUUGGUGACAAAUAUGUUGUGUCCUAGUAUAUGCUCAACUAGUUUCACUUUUCCUUUAAAUAUAGAAAAAAUUAUGCUUUUCACUCAUUUCCUGUAAGAUGGUGUCUUUUCUUUUUCUCUUUGACUAGCUCAUCUUCGCCAUUCUUCUCCACAAUCACAUCACUAUCACUUUCAACCUAUCUUUCUCAUACUUCUCUAUGGUUCAUGUUUUAUAUCCAUACAGUAAAAUACACCAGAUAUACAAUUUAAUGAAGCUCUUCCUAGUUUUAUUGUUUAAGUCUUUGUUUAUCAGUAAAGAUUUAUUUUGUUGAAUGCUUGUUUUGCUGAGGCUAUUCUUCUCUUUACUUCUUUUGUUGAAUUAUUAUUUUUUUGUAAUUAGAAUUCCUACAUUGAAAAAUAUUUUUUAUUGCUCAAUUACUUUAUCCUUAAUCUUGAUAUUAGAUGUAUUUUGUUGGUUUGAUUUGUUAACUAUAAGCAAAUUUGUUGUUGCAUUGAUCUUGAGAUAUGACUUUGUUAGUGUUGUGUCCAAGCAAUUCUGCAUGAGGUCUUAAUCUUCUUCAGACUAUUAACUUAAUGUCGUUGGAAAAACGGAUUGAGUGUAUUUCGUAGCCGUAUAUAUAUGCUAUUUGAGUUGAUUUUCAUCUCAUUUAUAGCAGCUUCGAUAAACAGGUGGAAUAAAUAGGGUGAGAGCAAACAUUCUUGUCUCUCUCCUUGUUUAAUAUUCACCUCUUCUAAGUAACCAUCUAGGAAUCUAUGACUGUAACUUUCUUUUUGUAUAAAUUAUAUUAUAUAAACCUCUUGUCUUUUCAAUCCAUCAAUCUAUAUCAGUAUUAUAGAGAAAUAUAAAAUUUAUAUAUAUUUGGUAAAUUAUAGGUAUUUAUUAGUAUACAAAUAAUGAUUUCAAUUUGUUAUUACUAAUAAUAGUAAAUGUAUUGUUUUACAAUUUGUUUGAUAUUAUAUUUCUUAUUUAUAAUAUCUAAUAAAUUUUCAACCAAAUAAAAGUGUAUUAAGAAAGUUAUUUAUUUUUUUAUUUAGUAGUGUAAACUACUUAAUGAAUCUGUCUGCCUGUUUGUCCAUAUGCGCUGUAUCUCAUACGUUCGCACAUUUUAGAAUAUGUUUUCCCUAAACGAUUAGUUAGAUUUUAAAGAAAGUCUCCAUUGUUUUUCAGUCCAUAUGGUGAUAUUGAAUGGAAUUAACUUUAUUUAUAUAAAUUAUUUAAUUAUAUGUAUGCAUAUAAUCAUUUAAAUAUCUAUGAUUAGUAAAUAUACUAAAUAUCCAUACACACACAGAAGACGUGCCUCUAGGUAAUAAUGGCGAGUAAGGAAGUAUAGAAGAGGGUGAGACAAGCUAAUGACUCAGAUGUUAGCCACUGGUGAUGCCACCGCUAUUGCGACUGGUAUAGACAAGACUCCCAUGACUGUUGGAUGGCAGUUAGGGUGUUUAAUAUCAGACUGGGGGGGAUGAAGUCCCUUCUGGUCUGUUAGUAAUUUUAAAAAAAAUAAGAAAAAAAAAAAAGUUAGGUAAUUAGGUUAUAUUUAUACUUAUGUGAUUAUUCUUGAAACAUUUGCAUAACAAUAAUAUUUUAUUGAUUUUGUUUUUAGCUUCCAUCGCAUCUAGAUUUCAAAUUACUAAAUAUCCUACAUUAAAAGUGUUGAUUAAUGGACAACCAGCCAAGAGAGAAUAUAGGGGGAAGCGAUCUGUUGAAGCUUUUGUUUCUUUUGUGCAAAAACAGCUUGAAGAUCCUAUACAAGAAGUAGCUAAUCUAGCUGUUUCAGCUGGCUCUGUAGAUGUAAGUUUAAUUAUUUUUAUAUGAAACUAUAUCUGCAUUUAUUGUCUAAUUAACGGGCAUUAAUGCAUCAUAGCAAAAUUAUUACUUUACUUAGAACAUAAAUUGUGGCGUUUAGAUUGAAAUUUGAGUUUAAGCACAAAUUACACGUUAAAAGGAGAAUAUGUCACUAUUUUUUUUAAAAAAUGUUUUUUCACAAAAAAAAAAAAAAAUAAAAUAAAUAAAUGAACUAACAUGAUUAACUUUUUUGUUUGACCAUAAUUUAGACAGAAAAUUGUCUUUGAAAAAUUGUAUUAUUCUUGUUUAAAUUCUAAUUUCAAUAUAAAUGCAUCAAUUUAUGUUCUAAGUUAUGUAAUUUUGAUUUAUUGCCAGUUAGUAAACCUCUUUUUAAACAAUUUAUGAAAAUUUAGUUUUGUAUUUGUAGGAAAAGGCAAGAGUUAUAAUUGGAUACUUUGAAAAUAAAGAUGUUUCAGAUUACCAAAUAUUUAGAAAAGUAGCUACUAAUCUCAAAGAUGAUUGUCGUUUCUUUGCUGGAGUUGGGUACUAAAACGUGUUUUUUAUUAUUUUAAAAUAUUUUUACUAACAUACUUUUAUUGUUAGUGAAUCAUUCCGUGCUAUGCAUCCGCCUGGUGAAACUAUAAUUGUAUUUAGACCAGACCGGGCAUCUCCAGAAAGUGAACAUCAUACAUUCAAAGGUAAUGCAUCUGAUUAUGAUUCGUUAAAUAUAUGGGCAACAGAUAAUUGCUUACCAUUGGUACGUGAAAUAACAUUUGAGAAUGCUGAAGAAAUCACAGAAGAAGGACUACCGUUCUUGAUAUUUUUUUAUCAUCCUGAUCAUGUUGAAUCUGUUAAGCUAUUUAAAGAUAUUGUUGGAAUGCAUUUAAUAAGUGAAAAACGUAAGUGUUAAUAUACCAUUGUAUGUUUAUUUUGUUACUAUAUGAUAAUAUUUCACAGAGCGUGUAAAUUUUUUGACGGCUGAUGGUAUUAAGUUUGCACAUCCAUUACAGCAUCUCGGGAAACAACAUACUGAUUUACCUGUAGUUGUCAUUGAUAGUUUCAAGCAUAUGUAUCAAUUCCCAGCGAAAAGCGAUUACAAAAAUCAUGAGCAUCUGAAAAAAUUUAUUGAUGACUUGUACUCAGGUAAACUACAUAGAGAGUAUCAUUUAGGUCCUCAGGACAUUUCUAAUCAAGAAUCUAGUCAAGAAAACAAUAACCAACCUGUUGCACAAACAUUGCCACCUGAAUCUACUUUCAAGAACCUAGCACCAUCAAAGAAUCGUUACACAUUAUUAAGAGACGAAUUAUAGCUCAACGAUACUAUGUGGCGUAUUGAACUAUAAUUGCCCGACAUAUAUUUUAAAUUAACAUGUUGAUGUCCAAGUUGAAUUAUUUUAUUUUUAUUUAUAUUUUAACACUCGUCAUUAAUAAUUACAUUAAUAUUAUUUAUCCCUCUAAAUAUUUAAAUUUGUUUUUCUGUUUUUUGUGUACCAAUUGUUUCAUUAUUAUCUUAAUGUUUUAUUUUGAUUGUCAUCUAAGGUGCUGGUAUUUGUUCAUAUUAUAUAGUAUUAGGCGCGGUGUUUAAAUAGCUGAAAUAGUUUCUGGCCACCAUAGAUUAUCUAUGCUAUCUGCGGCCAAAACGGCUAGACCAAUCGAGUAGGUAGAUACUUGACUGUUUAAGCAAUACGUCUAUUAUAUAUAUAUAUUAUUUGUCAACAAUUUUAUUGUUAUUCUAAUUCAUAGAAUAACAUCUGUUAUUUUGCCAUCCUGAUGCCUAUGCACAAUUAGCUAUUAAGUUAAUAAUACUGUUAAAAUAAAAUAGAUUGACCUUAAUAUAUAUAUAUAUAUAUAUUUUUUUUAAGAGUAUUUUUCUGAUAUCUAUAUGGGUUCUAAAUUAUGACUUUGAAUACUCAUUUUGUUAAUUUAAUGUUAUGUGUAGCGUUAAGUAUCAAAUUUGUAUAAUUGUAUGGUAUGUACUGAUUAAAAAAAAGGAUAUUCAUUUCGCGGAAUAGAUAACACUGUAAAUUCAGUUUUUGUCAAAUUUUAUAAAUUAUUGUUAAGAAAUUUAAAUAAAUUUCCAAAACUACAAUCAAGCAUUAAAAAUAAAUUUAAUAAACUUUUUUAGAUGCGUAUUAAUAAUACUAUCCUAAUAUUAUAUAUAUAUAUAUAUAUAUAUAUAUAUAUAUAUAUGAUUAUUAAUUAAUUAGAAUAAUACGCAUGGACAUAUAAUAUAUUAUUAUAUGUCUAUGAUAAUACACAUAUUUAUUUUGAUAAUCACUGAUAUGAAAUUGUAUACAAGGUGAACACAUUGCUUAGUUUGUUUUCUUAUAAAAGUAUUUAAUAUAAUAUAUGUAAACUUUAAAUCAGCAGUUUUUAAACUGUAGUAUAUAUACCACUGGUGAUCAUGGUAGGCAACAUGAUGGCAUGCAGGCCACAUGGCUGGUAGUAUGGAAAAUGAAUAAAUACAUAUUUGUAAUAAUGUUUUUAAUGAAUUAAAUAUUUAUAUUUUGUAUACAUUUUGUUUAAAAAUUAAAAAAAUUCUUUAUACAUAAUUAUAUUGUAUUUUACUGUAUUAUUUUGAUUUUUAAAUAAAUGAAUUGAAAUGUUGAAUAGUUCAAGUACUUGACAGAUCUAUAAUACACAUAAGUGGUUCAUGAAAAAAUAAUGUUUGAAAACCUCGGGUUUAAAUUGUUUUAUAUGAGUAUUGAAAAUUAAUAAAUUUAAAUUAUGAUUUUGAUCAGAUUAUUAAUAUAAUAUAACUUUGUAUAAUUUUAUUUUUCAGAAAUUAUUAAUUUCGAUAAAAAGUUAUAAAAUUGUAAAAAUAAAUAUUGUUCUACAAAACUUAUUUUAUUAGUACAAAAGUAUACAAAAUAUGGAACAAUAUUAAAACCUUACUAUAAUGACAAUACCGAAUGUAUAUAAUGAUAAUACCUAUCAGGUUGACAGAGCUCAAAAUUAGGAGGCCAGGUUUGGAAUCUGACAAGAUUCACUCACUUGCCAGAUGAUUGCUCUAUUUCUGAAAUACCACAAUGCUACUAUUAUUUUCACUAGACUUAAUGGACGAAUAUAACGUACACUAAUACGGUUUAUAAGUCAUAACUUUUUAAAAUUUUUGUCUGAAUGUUUAUCUCAAACUGUGACUGUAUAUAAUUCAGUAAAAUAAUAAAAUAAUAAAGUAAAAACAAAAUUAUUAAAUUGUUAAUACUCGUAAAUAAAUAUAUAAAUGAAUAAUUAUGUCGCCUGGAGUAUCAAGAUAUGUGUAUUGUACGAUCGGUUUCAAAUUAAAAAUUCAUCAGGAAAUCACAAAAUCAAAAAUGUAAAAACGCAAUUGAAUAUGAACAAAUAAAUGAAGGAAUGUAUAGAAAAAAAAUAUAAAAAUAGAUCAUUUUAUAUGGAAAUAAUUUAUUUGAAUAUUUAACAAUUAAGAGAGAUUAUUUAAAAUGAGUUAUUAGACAUAAAUACAUAGGUGGCCAAAAGUCGCGCAACGCCUACCGUCUUGCAUGGAACGCGCGUUACGGUGCAGUUUCUCCCUCCACGUAGUUUCCGUUACGUCAUAUUGCAACUUUGGUCUCGUUAUCUUGUUUACGUACAACAACAGCAAGGUUUAUAAGAAAACAACAUAUUUAACACAACAGUUUUAUAAAAACUGUGUUGCAAAUUUGUUGCGCGACUUUUGGCCACCUCUGUAUAUUAAAAAAAUGUAAUUAUUUGGUUAUUAUUUUUCAUCAUCUAAAAUGUAUUGAUAUAAGAUAUUAUUUUUAAAAUCGGUUUUGUAAAUUUAAAAUAUUAAAAUUAUUUUUCUUUAUUUCAUUGUGUAUGUGCAAUUCUUUUAAAACUGAAUUAA